CGUAUUCCAGCGUGCUGCCGCUGCGGGAGGGACUAUGGCAACUCAGCGAGCCACUCCAGGCAGCCAGUCAGAGGAGAGCAAUACUCUGGAGCUGCCGUCGGCUUGUGACAUAAGAGAUUACGUGCUGCAGGAACCCAGCCAGGAGGCCUGCAGCGAGGCAGUUAGUUCUGCAGAAGCCCUUUCCACCCCUUCCUCCUCUGAGGUGGAUCCAGGUCACUUGGCAACGGCUGCCUCCCUCUACUUCCUUCUCCAGGGGACAUCGUUUUCCCUGUGCGUCAGAGAGCUCAAUGUUCGCGACCAGGUCACAUUCAGAGGAAGACCAUCCUAUGGUGAUCCGACUGACAGCCCUUUGGGAGAAAUGGUUCUUUCAUCCAAGAGGCUUAUGGACCAGGCUCAGGCCUGUCCACCGGAUUGCAACCCACUGGCCUUAUUCUCUCAUUGCAUUUUGAGAAACACUGGUCUGAGCAAACCAUUCUUACCUCUGCCGUUUUCUUUCUCUUGCCACUGCUGUCGCCUGCUCCAAGCGUUCAUCUCCCGAAAGCCCUCCUCAAGGUUCCACCGCUCCCAGCCUCUCUCGCAUUGUUGCUACCACAUUGGUCUUCCUAAAUCCAGUCAGUACUGGGUCCCAUCCGCCCCCCACAGAAAUGUCCCAAGCUCCUUAACACCCACAGGGUAAAGCGCCAGCCCAGGUCCGCUCUAUUCUAACCACUCUCUCCUCAGUCCUAGAACCUUGUAUCCAAGCUCUAAGCCUCCAAAACCUUCCAUCCUUUCUCCAGCCCCACAGCCCUACUCAACUACUCAUGUAUGCUUUAAUCCUACCCAGCAGGGCCAUCCUCUCAGUAUUAACACAUGUCCACCUUCCUUCCCCAAGAGGCAGCUUACCUUACCCAGGCUAGGCACAGCACAGUGCUGGGUAAACGCUGAUCAUGAGCUUGGUCUGUGGUCAUGUCUCCUGUUCAGCCUCCUGGUGGAGCCCGCUUGACAAGUUCUUUUUCUUUCCUGUAACUGAAACCACAAAUUUUAAAUCAGGAGCAAGGGGCAGUGAGUGGGAGGUGGGUUUGUAUGUCACGGCAAAAGAAAGAGUUCAACUGUAGGUGUCAGAGGUGACAACACUCCCCAUUAACAAGUGGGAUGUUCAAUGAGGCUCAUAUAAUCCCUCGGGGCGUCAUUUCCUUCUGUAAAAUGAGGACAUUAGCAAAGCUCCAAGUCCUCAGGCUCAGUCAUUCUGGGCAAAUCUCCGUGAGGGCGGAUUCAGGAAACUGAGUUUCCAAUUGAUUGAGCUGUGUGGCGUUAUUGCAGGGAGAAUUAAACUAUUGUUCAUCACAAUUCAUUUCCUGAGUUUAGCCUCUCAGCCAAUGUUUAUUAAGCACCACUUACUCUGCAGUACCCUGGAUUAAGUGCUGUGGAGACACAGAAGUGGUAUCUCACAGGAUCCUUGGCCUCAGAGAGUUUAUUAUAUAAUCAGAAUUUAU